UUCUCGGUCCCUCCCAUCCCCUCCUCUCCCCGCCGGCGCGCUGGCUCCGAGGGGCGCGGCUGGCUGCUCCCCUGGGCCACCGCCAUGUCUCGGAGCUCCUCUGGUACCUCUGUGGACGACAAGACCUUGCUCCUGGAGUACCGAUGCCACCCGGUGCGGCCGGAGCCCCCCAGCCCGACCCGUGCCCCUGGGAAGCACGGCUCCGGCACGGCUCCCGGUGCCACCCCGCUGUCACCGCUGGCCUCCCCCACCUCGGCCGAGCCCCGUCGCAUCGUGCUCAGCACGGACAGCCCGGCCGCGCUGAAGGUGGGAACGCAGCAGCUCAUCCCCAAAAGCCUGGCCGUCUCCUCCAAGCCCAAGAGCUGCCCCUCCCGGCACCAGAGCUUCGGGGCGAGCCGCGAACCCCUGAGCCCCGACCCGAAGCGGGCGGCCGUCCCCACGCCGGCCCUGGAGGAUGAGGAUGACGGCGGAGGGGCCCUCAAGCGCAACCUGAGGAACAUGUCCUACCGCGCGGCCAUGAAGGGCCCGGGUGCCGAGCCGGAGCCAGCCAAGGCCGCUCCCUCGCUGAAGCCCGUGUGUGAGGAUGGCAGCGCCCUGCCCAGCCGCAGCCCCGGCAGGAGCAAGAGAACCCUCGGGCGGAAGCGAGUGCAGAAGCGCGGUGGCUCGUUCAAGGACCAGCCCCAGCUGUAUCAGGAGAUCCGUGAGAGAGGUCUGAACUCUGUCAGCCAUGAGUCAGACGAGGACUUGCUGGAGGAGCCCCUGCCAGGGGAUCCAUCCCCGCUGGGCACCGCUAUCGUGGUGCAGAGCUACCGCCCGGCCCAGGUGACAUGGAGCCAGCUCCCAGAGGUUCUGGAAUCGGGCAUCCUGCAGAGGAUCUCUCUCGAGGAGCGCAAGCGGCAGGAGGCGAUGUUUGAGAUCAUCACUUCUGAGUACUCCUACAUGCACAGCCUGAGCAUCCUGGUGGGCCACUUCAUGAGGUCGGAGGAGCUGAAGGAGACCAUGACUCAGACAGAGCACCACCACCUCUUCUCCAACAUCGGGGACAUCCUGACAGUCAGCACCAGCUUCUUUGAGGACUUGGAGAAGCGACACCAGGAGCACCUCCUGAUCCCUGACAUCAGUGACAUCGUGGAGGAGCACGCCUCGAAACACUUCAACCCCUACAUCAGCUACUGCUCCAAUGAGGUCUAUCAGCAGAGGACACUGGAUAAGCUGCUAACCACAAACCCCUUAUUUAAAGAGACCCUGAAACAAAUUGAAAGGAAACCGGAGUGUGGAGGCCUGCCAAUGAUCUCAUUUCUCAUUCUGCCCAUGCAGAGGGUAACACGGCUCCCUCUGCUCUUAGAUACAGUCCAGCAGAAAACAAACGCACGCACUGCAGCGUACGGAGCUGCCACCCGCGCUCUGAAGGCCAUCAGCAAGCUGGUCAAGAGCUGCAAUGAGGGAGCUCGGGCUAUGGAGAGGACGGAGCAGAUGUACACCUUGCAGAAACAGCUGGAAUUCGGGAAGAAGAAGCCUUUCCCGCUGAUCUCGGUGUCCCGGUGGCUGCUCAAGCGGGGGGAGCUGCACCUGCUGCUCUCGGAGGAGGCCGGGAUCUUCCGCCGCGGCACCGGCCGCCUCUGCCACCUCUUCCUCUUCAACGACGUCCUCAUCAUCACCAAGAAGAAGAGCGAGGAGAGUUACACGGUCAUGAACUACGCCACGCUGGACCAGGUCACCGUGGAGAAGGUGGAGAGCUCAGACCCACCCUCCCCUCCUCCUGGCAAGGCUGGUGGGCACCUGCUCCGAGUGGUGCUGGAGAAGGACAGCGAGGGCGGGCGGGAAGAGGUGCUGCUGUCGGCAGAGACGCUGAGUGACCGGGCCCGGUGGAUCGCGGCGCUGAUGCACAGGGAGAAGGAAAAGCCUGACACCACUCCCAAAGGAGACCUGAGCCAGGUGGAGAUCACCCGUGCCUACCUGGCCAAGGAGGCAGAUGAGCUGUCCCUGCAGCAGGCAGACGUUGUCCUGGUGCUGGGGGGAGAGGAUGGCUGGUGCUGGGGGGAGCGGCUGCGGGACGGGCAGCGGGGCUGGUUCCCCCAGGCCUGUGCCCGGCCCAUCACGAGCCGCGUGGCCGCCGAGGGCAACGUGCGGCGCAUGGAGCGGCUGCGCAUCGAGACCGACGUGUAGGGACAGCCCAGAGGGACCCCUCUGCCUCAGGGACCCCCAGACCUCUGCAGACUGAGCCCAUGGAGAGGAGGCAGCAGCUGAGCCUUUCUUCUUGAGCCGCGCUUGUCUCGGGGGCAGAUCUCACCGGCCAGGACGGCUCUGCGUGGCGGCUGUGACACAGCAGCUCCCUCUGUGAGAGCUGGCGCCGGGCACUCCUGGCAGCGCUGGCACCGCUGACCCGGAACAGGCUCCGGGAGCAGCCGAGGGCUUGGCUCAGGUUGGAAAAGCCGGAGCGGUUCUGGGCUCUGAGGUGCCCGUGCCACCGUCUCCGUCCCUGCUGGCAGCUGGGCCAGCACCUGCUGCACACCUGGUGUGGGGAGAGCACACCCAGUCAGGGAUCGUCAGGAGUUCAAAUCCACGUGCUUGGCUUAUUCCCUCGCCUCAGUUUGUGCUCCUGUUUGUGUUUUUUCUGUCUCCCCCCCUCACAUUAAUUCUUGGGCCCUCCGGGCAGAGCCGUGCCCUGCACAGGUGAGGUGAUGCCAGUCACCUUUCCGUCUCUUGAUGAAAUACUUGAUGCCAGAGUUGUUCCCAUGGAGUCAGCUCUGGGGCCAGGAGUGGGAUAUGCUCCGGGCAGAGGGGGAAGCAGGGGCAGGAUGAGGAGCAGUGCUGCAGCUCCCACCUGCCUUUCCCUCCUCCUAACUGGGGAGAGGGCUCUGCCCGGGGCUCAGCCCCUCACACCCCGUGCAGGGGACGUGGCAGCUACAAUUCUGGGGUGAGCCAGCCCCGUACACUGCCAACCUCACGCUCACAGGGGCAGCGUUGGUGUAAGCUUCUGACUGAUGUCCGUUCAUUGGUGUCUGUUCUGAUCAAACUGUUGAACUGUAAAUUAAGGUAAUAAAUUCUUGGAUACCGAUGAA